CUCACCACCACCUGCCCUAUAAAGGCACCGCUGGCCUUGCCCCCGGGACUCGGCCCCAUGGAGACGCCGCCGACGGCGGGUGGCGCUCGGCGAGUAGGAGCUGUGGCAAGUGCCUUCCAGGAGUCUGAGGUAUGAGUGGCCCCUGUGGAGAGAGGCCUUUGUCGGAAGCCAGCCCCGCCAUGAGUCUGUGGGACUUUGAGGACAGCCACAGCCGUCAGGACACCCCCAGGCCGGCCCAAGAGCCGGCCGCUGAGGAGGCCUCAGCCUUGGAGCUGCAGAUGAAGGUGGACUUCUUCCGGAAGCUGGGCUAUUCAUCCACAGAGAUCCACAGCGUCCUGCAGAAGCUGGGCAUCCAGGCAGACACCAACACAGUGCUGGGCGAGCUGGUGAAACACGGGAUGGCCACCGAGCGGGAGCGCCAGGUCUCACCGGACUCUUGUCCUCAGCCCCCUCUAGUCCCGCGGGGUGGGGGCACCCCUAAGGCUCCCAGCCUGGAGCCUCCACUCCCAGAGGAGGACAAGGAGGGCAGCGACCUGAGACCAGUGGUCAUCGAUGGGAGCAAUGUAGCCAUGAGCCAUGGGAACAAGGAGGUCUUUUCCUGCCGGGGCAUCCUGCUGGCAGUGAACUGGUUUCUGGAGCGGGGCCACACAGACAUCACAGUGUUUGUGCCAUCCUGGAGGAAGGAGCAGCCUCGGCCCGAUGUGCCCAUCACGGACCAGCACAUCCUGCGGGAACUGGAGAAGAAGAAGAUCCUGGUGUUCACACCAUCGCGGCGAGUGGGCGGCAAGCGGGUGGUGUGCUACGAUGACAGGUUCAUCGUGAAGCUGGCCUACGAGUCUGACGGGAUCGUGGUUUCUAACGACACGUACCGCGACCUCCAGGGCGAGCGGCAGGAGUGGAAGCGCUUCAUCGAGGAGCGGCUGCUCAUGUACUCCUUCGUCAAUGACAAGUUUAUGCCCCCCGAUGACCCACUGGGCCGGCACGGGCCCAGCCUGGACAACUUCCUGCGCAAGAAGCCACUCACUUUGGAGCACAGGAAGCAGCCGUGUCCCUAUGGGAGGAAAUGCACCUAUGGGAUCAAGUGCCGAUUCUUCCACCCGGAGCGGCCAAGCUGCCCCCAGCGCUCUGUGGCAGAUGAACUCCGUGCCAAUGCUCUCCUCUCACCACCCAGGGCCCCAACCAAGGACAAAAGUAGCCGGCAUCCUUCACCUUCAUCCCAGUCCAGCUCUCUGCUAACAGAGAGUGAGCAGUGCAGCCUGGAUGGGAAGAAACUGGGGGCCCAGGCAUCCCCAAGGCCCCGCCGGGAGGGUCUAACACAGGCCUAUGCCCCAUCAGGCAGGAGCCUCACACCUAGUGGGGGCAGUGGCGGCAGCUUCGGGCCCACAGACUGGCUCCCACAGACCCUGGACUCACUCCCAUACAUCUCCCAGGACUGCCUGGACUCGGGCAUUGGCUCCCUGGAGAGCCAGAUGUCAGAACUGUGGGGAGUUCGAGGAGGCCCUGGUGAGCCGGGCCCACACCGAGCCCCUUACACAGGUUACAGUCCCUAUGGAUCUGAGCUCCCGGUCACUGCGGCCUUCUCUGCCUUCGGCCGAGCCAUGGGUGCUGGCCACUUCAGUGUCCCUGCCGACUACCCACCCCCACCCCCUGCCUUUCCGCCUCGAGAGUACUGGUCUGAACCGUACCCACUACCCCCACCCACACCAGUCCUUCAGGAGCCCCCAGUGCAGAACCCAGGGGCUGGCCGGGGCCCGUGGGACAGGACAGACAGCCUGGCCAAGGAGCAGGCCAGCGUGUACACCAAGCUGUGCGGUGUGUUCCCCCCACACCUGGUGGAGGCCGUGAUGGGGCGCUUCCCGCAGCUUCUGGACCCCCAGCAGCUGGCUGCCGAGAUCCUCUCCUACAAGUCCCAGCACCCCAGUGAGUAAGCUGCCCGAGGCUGGCAGGGGCAGCACCCCCGGCCUCCAGUGGCUGUCAGGCUGGGCUUUGUACCAUCAAGCAGCCCGUUCCCAGCCCCGAGGCCCAUCCCGGAGGCUGGACAGAGGGAGGACUCAAGUCAGAAAGGGAACCCCACAAACCAAAGAUACUGUAGGAUUGGUUCUGGCCCACACGGCACGUCUAGCCGUCUGAAUGGGUCAGAAGCGAUCACCCUGUUGAUACACAUUGUAUCUCUGUAGUUUAAGGAGACGCUGCCGGUAACGGCGUCAGUCUGUGGCUGAGGCCCAAACCGUCUUUUCUCUCAAGAGGGUGGGGAGGGAGGUGGGGGCAGCAGAGGCCUGGGCUGGGUGCCCUGUGCACGCCACCCCACUUCCACCCCGCCCCGGGACGUUGGCCUUGGCUGACUAGUUGGGCACCAUGUGCCCGCCCUCCGAGGGCCUCCUCUACGCCAAAUGAGGCCUCGUUCGUGCUCUCGCUGGGCACGCGGCUUCGUGUCAGUAAGCAAGAUGCUUCUUAAUAACCCACCUUCUGCCCCACUCUGUUCCUUACCCCGCUGCCCCGCAGGGGUCAAGGGCCCUCUGUCUACACCUUCCUGCUGCUCCUCCUCCAUCCUCCGUUCAGAGCCAUCCCUUCCCCACAGGUGGGGGAACGUGUGUGUAUUUGUGUACACAUGUAAAUUUUAAAUAUUUUAAGCGCCAGGUCCUUACCUCCUGUAAAACAUCAAUAAAGUACAAUCAGUGUCAGCCCUUUCAA